AUGUUAGGAUCUUCAGCUAAUGAAAGUAAAAUUAUUAAAGGCCCAUGGACCAAAGAAGAAGAUCAAAAGCUAUUGAAUUUAAUAAAUAAGUAUUCACCAAAGAACUGGUCGUUUAUUUCUAAAAAAAUGGAGACAAGGUUAGGUAAACAAUGCCGUGAACGGUGGCACAACCAUUUAAAUCCGAAAAUAUGUAAAAAGCCAUUUUCUGAUGAAGAAGAUUUAAAGAUUGUUGAAUUACACAAAAAAUAUGGAAAUCGAUGGUCCGAGAUUGCUAAACAUUUACCUGGUCGAACAGACAAUGCUAUUAAAAAUUAUUGGAAUAGCACGAUACAAAGAAGAGUGCAAAAAGAUAAAAGAAAUAGUAUGUUUAGUACAAUUGAACAGUACAAUAAAAGUUUUUACAAAAUUAAAGAAAUGAACAAUUACAUUAAUCAAGUACCAUUAAUCAAUAAUCCUAGAAGUCACAGUGUUACAUUUUUACCUAGGAGAUAUAAUGAGUUUACUGAUAACUCAGAGAUGGAUGAACUAGACGAAAUAGCAAGUAAAGCAUUACUUAAAAUUCAAUCUAUUUUUAAUUAA